GUUUAUAUAUCUAGAAGCGUCUGGAGCCAUGCCACCGAGAAAGAGCAGAGACAAAGAGGUUCAGCCAGCCCAGGUUGACCAUGCAGAUGACAGUCCACUCCACUCUGAGGGUGAAAAUGAUCCCAUCAAUUUUCUCCCAGUGUCACCUCUGGUAGAACGAUCCUAUGGGAAUUCAGUAUUUAAGGAGAAAGAAGCAGACCGUGGGGGUGACUUUGCUGAAUCAAGUAAUAUGUUUAGAGAAUCCUCCAGACGUCAGGAAGAGAUAAUUAGACAAUGUAUGGAAGACAUGAGACGGGUCUUUGAGGAAAGCACUAGGGUGAUGCGAGAAACUGGGGAAGAAAGUCGUAGAACACUACAGACUGUUUCAAAACAAGUGGUUGAGCAAGUGCGACAGCCCAGACCUGAGAUUCCUCCUCCAGUCGUUGAAAUGCCCAGACAGAUUCAGGAAGCCCCAAUCCCAAAGACAGCCUUUCGAUGCCUAGGUGCUGUUGGAACUUUUGAAUGGGUUGUGAUGCCAUUUGGUCUGAAGAAUGCUGGAGCUACCUAUCAAAGAGCCAUGAAUACAAUUUUUCAUGAUAUGAUUGGUAAAUUCAUGGAAAUUUAUAUUGAUGAUGUUGUGGUGAAGUCACAUGGGGAAGCAGACCACCUGGUCCAUUUGAGGAAAGCUUUUGAGCGGAUGAGGCAACAUGGCUUGAAAAUGAACACACUAAAGUGUGCCUUUAGAGUGUCUGCAGGUAACUUCCUUGGGUACUUGGUGCAUGAGCGUGGUCUGGAGGUUGACAAGAACAAAGCUAGGGCUGUGAUUGAGGCGAAACCACCACAGAACAAGGAGUUGCAAAGAUUUCUUGGCCAAGUUAAUUUUUUAAGACGAUUCAUUUCUAACUUGACUGGGAAAACCAGAGUCUUUUCUCCUCUGUUGAAACUCAAGUCUGAGGCAGAUUUUAAGUGGGAAGAACACCACCAGUUUGCCUUUGAUAUGAUAAAGCAGUACUUAUCCAGACCACCAGUACUUAAGGCAGUCAAAGGGCAGGCACUGGCAGACUUUCUUGCAGAUCAUCCAUGUCUGGACGUGGAAGCAGAUGAAGAAAAAGGGAUUAACUUGUUUUCAAUAAGUUUAGUUCCCUGGAUACUUAUUUUUGAUGGAUCUAGUACAGAGACCAUGUCUGGAGCUGGAGUCGUGGUUAUCUUCCCGUCUGGGCUAAAAACACAGAUGUCUUUCCAGCUGGAUUUUGAUUGCACAAAUAAUCAAGCAGAAUAUGAAGCUUUGAUUAUUGGUCUUGAGAUAUUGGUGGAGCUUAAAGUAUCCAUGGUUGAGAUUGCUUUAGGUCUGCAAAUUCCUGAAGCAUUGAUGUUACUCAAACAGACUGGCGCUUUCCAAUUAUUCAGUACCUUAAGGAUCAAAGCACAAAGGAGAGGCCACGAUGAACUACUGCUACGUUGUCUGGGUCCAUAUGAAAGUUUCCAGAUGCUGUCUGAUGUCCAUGAUGGGAUUUGUGGUGCACACCAGGCUGGGAUCAAGAUGCGCUGGUUGAUUCGCAGACAUGGUUUCUUUUGGCCGUCUGUCUUGAAAGACUGUAUUGCUUAUGUUAAGGGCUGCAAAUCUUGUCAGAUCCAUGGGCCACUUCAAAGAGUUCCAGCCUCUGAACUUAACUCUAUUGUGAAACCAUGGCCAUUUCGAGGCUGGGCUAUUGACUUAAUUGGUAAGGUGUAUCCUCCGUCAUCAAAAGGUCAUUCAUUUAUUAUAGUGGCAACAGAUUAUUUUACCAAAUUGGUGGAGGCUAAACCAAUGAAGAAGGUAGACCAAUCUGAUGUAAUCAAGUUCAUCAAAGAGGACAUUAUUCACAGAUUUGGUCUGUCAGAAACAAUUACCACAGACCAAGGCACAGGUUUUGUCAGCCAUCAAGUGGAGGCAUUUGCAAAGGAAAUAAGUUUUCGUCUGUUAAAUUCUACUUCUCAUUAUGCACAAGCUAAUGGGCAAGCAGAGGCUUCUAAUAAGGUGGUGAUUACUUUGCUUGAAAAAAUGGUAGAUGACAACCCCAAAUGCUGGCAUGAACUGUUGUCUGAAACACUGUGGGCUUAUAAAACUUCACAAAGGAGUUCAACCAAGAUGACACCUUUUGCCUUGACAUAUGGCCAUGACGUAGUCUUGCCAAUUGAGCUAACAGCCAUGUCUUUAAGAGUGGUGAUUCAGCAUAAUCUCCAGUUUGGAGAAUAUGAUGAGGCCAUGAUGCUUGAGCUUGAGGACCUUGAAGACUCACGUUUGACAGCUUUGGAUAGAUUGCAAGCUCAAAAACUCAAAAUUGCAAAGUCUUACAACAAGAGAGUAAAAGGUAAAAAUCUGGCAGUUGGUGACUUGGUCUGGAAAGCAAUUUUACCUCUUGGCAAGAAAGCUCACAGAUUUGGGAAAUGGUCUCCAAAUUGGGAAAGACCAUUCCGAAUUCAUGAAGUGUUGAGAGGGGGUGCUUAUUGGUUAGAGUCACUUGAUGGAGAGCUUCAUCCCAGAAAAAUUAAUGGAAUUUAUCUCAAGCCUUAUUACCCCAUAGUCUGGGAGGCAAGAGGCUUAGAGUCCCAAGAAGCUGUCUGAGCCAGAUUCUGCAGCCAGAUUUUGCACGUGGCCUUUGGAGUCUGAAGCCUGAAAGGUAAUUCAAAAUUUAAACACUUGGAUUUAUUCCCAUAAAACCAAGCGUUGGGGGGCAUUGUUUACACCUAAAAUAAAUCAAUAGGGUAAGG